GUGGAACUUACCUUGGGAGGACAGACACGAAAAAGUAUCACUGAAAUUCUGUUCUCUACGAAGACAUCAAAUGUAGAUUAUCGAAGGAUUGUCACAGUAAGGCGCUAUUCCUCCGGUUGCGAAGUUGUAUUAAAGUAUAAGUUGUGACGCCUGGUAGACAUGAAUAACAGCACAGCUACAGAUCAGUCUUCUCCGAUGCCAAACUUUGGAAUGACCGCCUUGAUGAGACUUCUUCCAAUUGCCAUAGCCAUCAUUUUAUCCAAUGGACUAGUGUUCGCCUUGUUUUGUAAAAAGAAGAGUCUUCGAACCUCAUCCAAUUACUUACUGCUUGGUUUGGCGAUUUGCGAUUUUAUAACAGGCGCUGUCAAUAUUCCUUACUUCGUCAUCUUUCUUUUCCAAGUUGUUCCACCCAGCAUGCAAGUAGACUAUAACUACUGGUUGUACGUUGUGCAUACCUUAGUGGCGGUGUCAGCCGCAUACCAUCUCUUUAUCAUCACGGCAGAAAAGUAUUCAGCGAUCAUCAGACCUUUGAAACACUAUCUCGUAACCAAAAAGAUGGUCUUUAAGGCUUUAGCUGUGAUUUGGAUCGUAUCUACUCUCAUUGGCUUAACCCCAUUGCUUUGGAAAAACAGUCAGUCACUUUCGCUGUGUUUCGUUAUCUAUUCCACAGUUUGUCUUGUAUUUGUGUUUGUCAUCCCAUAUAUAUUCAUGAUUUAUGCCUAUAUAGUCAUGUUCAAGGCGAUCACCAGCAAAAGAAGACCAUCUUCAUCACACAGAAGAGUUACGUCAAGACAGAAAAGUAGGCCCACCAAUGAUAGAAAGUGCAUCUUGGUUUUCGCAUUAAUGGCGGCAAUAUUUGCAUUAUGUUGGCUGCCGUAUUUUACUAUUAUGAUGGUUGCAAACAUCAAAAGUUAUAUGAGGAUCAGCAUCACGCAACCAGUUAACAAAGCCGCCGAGGUAUUUGUCUUCGUUCGAUAUAUCACAUCUAUCGUCAAUCCACUUCUUUACACGUUUUUUAAGCGCGACUUUUGGCGUGCUUUACAAAAUGUUCUCUUCAAACUGAAUAAUCGCACGAGGUCGGCUUCAAAGAAAUCAUUUUUAAGACAUCGUUCAGUUACUUCGGUAACAUCCCGACUCUCUUGGACAGGAGUAAGUUCAGAAAGAAGGAAAAAAUCUGUAAACGCAAACACUGUCGAAGAGCAACUAGAAUUUGUAUCUUCGGUUUAAUGCAGGUUGAACCACCUUCGGGACCUAAAGGCAUACUUUAGGGGAGUUGACCGGAAAUUGCUUAUGGAUGGUGCACACAUCGCUAACUGAUACAUGCUUGCUAAAAUGUGAUAUGGUUAUACCCCCACAAGAUAUAAUGGUGGAACCACAAAA